CUCUCGGUCUCGGGUUACAGUUGAGCUCGAGCUGCUGCACUUAGCGGAGUGCACAGUGUUUUACACGGUUAAAAAAACAAUACACCGGCAUGGAAUUGUUGCCGAGCGGAUUUACAGCCACGGAGCUUGUCCGGUGAGCAGGUCUGACCUUCCCUCGGCACUUUUUGUGUACGCAGACAACCCGGGAGACGUACAGUUUUUAUUCACGCACCGGCCGCGCAGCAUGUCCCAGUCGGACUAGAAGAGGCGACCCUGCUGGGAGCGCAACACGGGAACGCCGCUGAGAGCCGCGAGGAAUAUUUACAAUAGAAACUCAAUUCCUUUUGGAGAAGAAUAGCAAAGGGCAGCAGGAGGCGGAGGAGUGAAAGACAACACUGGAAUGAAGUGGACCUCGGGAUUCCCAGCGUGCUGCGGAGUUGUGACUGAUGGAUGAAUGUGGCCAUCUGUAGGCUAUAUCCAGCGACAGGUACAGGGACAUUCAGGGGAGCUUUGACAAAGACGCUUCCUCGGCAGCCGCUUCGCCCCCAAUUGUGUCCCUCUAAAAAAAAAAAACUGCACUGCACGUCAGAUCUCUCUCCAAGAAGGUCGACUCUUUUUGUCUCAGCCACAGGUCAAGCAGGACACUGCUUCUUCCAUACUAGAUCCGACCAAGAACCGGCGGAUAGUUUAGUCAAGGACAUCAGAUCUGGAGCAGGUUUUAACAAAAAGGUCUGACAGAAGGACAUGUAUCUGAUAUCGACCUCACAUGCUCCCGACUGAUCGUAGCUCACCUCCCCGCAGAUAACGCGCUCCGUCCGACGCUCCGGGUUAUCGCCUCACUGUCUUGUCGCUGUACUCAGAUCAGAAUGGCGGGACUCGGGUGUUGGAAGUAUUACCUCUGGAUCUUUAUUUUAAUGUGCAGGUCGGCGCUACCUUCAGCCAAAUCGAUGGACACUAUCAUUUGGAGCUCGCAGAAUUUGAGGUUUCUGAUGGGUAAGGGUCUUGUGAUAUACCCAGACAUCGGGGACAAGCUGGACAUCAUCUGUCCCAAAGCGGACGAUGGCAGAGAGUACGAGUUCUACAAGCUGUACCUGGUGAAGAGGGAGCAGGCGGACACCUGCAGUACAGUCCUCGAUCCCAAUGUCCUGGUCAACUGCAACAAGCCCGAGAAGGACAUCAAGUUCACCAUCAAGUUCCAGGAGUUCAGCCCCAACUACAUGGGCCUGGAGUUCAAGAAGAACGUCAACUACUACAUCACCUCAACCUCCAACGGUACUGUGGAGGGCCUGGAGAAUCGGGAGGGAGGCGCGUGCAAGAGUCGAGCCAUGAAAAUCGUCAUGAAAGUCGGGCAAGUCCCGAACGCGAACCCUGCGGCGCCGGAGGUUCCAGAAAACAACGCCAUCCCGGAGUCCAGUCCCAGUCCAGCCGACAAGGGACGAGUCGGCCCUGAGAUGCCAGGAAACUCUGACACCAUGAAUCAGGACCAGUCCGGUUCUUCGGGCAACUCGGACAGCUUCCUCAGCUCCAAAGUGGCCUUGUUCUCCACCAUUGGGGGCGGCUGCAUCAUCUUCCUCCUGCUCAUCCUCCUCCUCAUCAUCUUGCUAAUCAAGAUGCGCAAGCGUUCCAGGAAAAAUGCCCACUCGCAGCCCCGACCCUCUGCGCUGUCACUCAGCACGCUGUCCAAUCCCAAGAUGCCCGGGGGCACGGCUGGCACGGAACCAAGUGACAUCAUCAUUCCGCUGCGGACAGAGAACAACUACUGCCCUCACUACGAGAAGGUGAGCGGCGACUAUGGCCACCCCGUCUACAUCGUCCAGGAGAUGCCGCCGCAGAGCCCUGCCAACAUCUACUACAAAGUCUGACGAGCUCCGCACAGCCAGCCACACAGCCGGGAGAGAGAAUGAGAGGAGCGCUUGAUUUAUGUUCUCGGGAAGAACACUUUCCUUGCAUUUUUGGGGACUUGAUGCUUCUUCAAGCCCGUGUUAUUUCUACCACCUGCUGCACAAAUCUGGAGAGACACGCACUGACAUGGGGUCACGAGCUGACUGCUGAGAAAGGUUUAUUCCGUUUGUUUGGGGUGUCUGACAAUCCCCACCUGCCCCUCAUCCUCCCCACCUUACUACCUUCUAUAUCUCCCCACUGUGCUCCAACAAGGGAGGGAGGCGGGGCUGGAGCGAACCAACAGAUGGGACUCCAGCUUCCUGGUCCGCUGUCCCCUUUAACGGGCAGGAUAUAACUUAUCUCAGUUCCCUGAAGUACAGUCUGUGCAACACCCAAUUAAACACACCACGACAGCACACUAGGCAGACAAAGGCCCCAAAAGCCACUCAGCCUGCAGUUCAUGUGCAAGCGUUAAUAAAACGUGUGUUUGUGUCUGCGUGCAUGUGUGUUAGUAGUCCGGGCUCCGUGCUGGGCCAGGAAACUCUCCAGAUAGCUCAGGUAUCAGACAUAGUGUGUGAAAUAACGUGUUUCCUCUCCCUUCGCACCUCUGAUGUUUGCCUUACUUACUAUUUUUGAUGGAGGAUUUCCAUGAAAACCCUGAUUCAGUUCACAAAGCAGUUGUAUUUUGUUAGACUUUUCCUACAAGUGCACAAUGUAUAGAGUUGAAUAGAUCAUCAUUAUAACUCCAUCUUAUCACAACCACCACCCACGUCAUCCAUCGAGUCAUCCGAUAUAUUUUUUCCCUAGAAUACACCUCGACUGUUGACGUCGAGGUGUGUAUGUGUGUGUGUAUCCUGGAAGAACUCCCUUCUCCGCUGGUCUGAUAUCAGCUUUAUCAUUACUCUGGUAUUUAUGACCUACUUGUGUGUAUUUAAAGGUGUGUCCUCCAUGUGUGUGUGUGUGGGUCCGGGCAUGUCCAGACCAGUCCUGUAUCUGGGCAGAAUUACUGGCUUAGAGGAAGUUACUGUAUCGUAAAAGUUCAAAAACAGACAGACAGACAGACAGACAGACAAUCCUGAGAUCUUAUAAAACCCUGCCACCCUGUCAGUGCUCCAGUUGGCACCCAUCGAAGGUGUUUUUGAGCUUUAGGGUAGAUGUGUAUCGAGACAGCAGGCAGGUUGAUAUUCGUUUGUUCUGUCUUCUGAUGCUCCGGUGUAACAUCAAACGGUUAGAUUGGUGCGUGCUGCUGCCUGGGCAGGGUUGGGCGUAGAUGGUGUGGUCGCCACUGAUUGGCUGGCCUACAUAGGUAGGACGCCCUAUGAGUUGGAUGGCGAGCUACGGUCGAACAUUGGGAUACAGUAUUGCGAGAGGCCAAUUGGCUGCCAUCUGUAGAGUCAGUGGUGUCACCAGCGUGUGAGUAAUCUAUGUGCCAUCUCUGUGCCCACACUGUGACUUGGCUAUAACCUGAGAGGAAGAUGGCAGUGCAGAUGGGGAUAAGGGGUGGGGGUAGUGAUGGUGGACGGGUGGGUAGAGGUAUUUUAGCAUUCAUUUUUUCCAUCCUCUCCCCAGUUGUGCCGUGAAUAAAAAUGCUGUGCAGAAUGUUCCUCAGUCAAGGUGUCGAGCCGGCGAGGACACUGCAGCUCAGCUAUCUCACAGCCCAGGGCAGCGGCACCGAGACAGGAUUUACUGCGGCUGGAUGUGUGCAAAGCGAAGCUUGCUUUAGGUGGCGGUGGAACCUGUCUAUGUGCACAUGUAAAUGCUUUCUACGAGCUCAUUUUUGCUUAUAAUUGCAGUUUUUCUGCGUGUGUGUGUAUGUGUAUGAAUGCAUCUGUGGUGUAGAAGCCCAGCAGAUUUGUUUUUUGGGGACUGGAACUCCUAACUGUGGCUGCCAGAGUACGGAGCGCCGCAGUCCCGGUUAAUGAUGUGUGAGAGGAGAGGGGAGCAGAUAAGGACAGCUAUUCCUCAGCACGCACGCUCGAGCUGACGUUUGUCGCACAUGUACAAUCACACACACGCACAGACAGGCCGAGACUGACGGGUCCAGGUUUAUCUCCAGUCAAACGGUCAGGCUGCCUGGUGAAUGUUUAUUCCCCAGCAGAGACACCAAUCACCCGCUGCCACAUACCGUUGCCAUCCACGGAUAUACACUGCUGAGUUAAAAGGCAGCCCUGCUUGAAGACUCCGGGAAGACUCCAGUGGCUUUUGCGUGUCGUUAACCUCGGAGUUAACAGCCUAAACAGCUGCUCGUGCUUUUGUGGUCCUGUGUUUUAACUCAGCAUGCGGCCCUCUGUGAAACACAUUUAACUCAAAUAUUUUUGUUUCGGAUCGGUGCGCAUCCAUUCACCUACACCAGCCAAGGGAGUCAUUACCAAAUGACCACCAUAUUUCAUUUUUAUUCAUACUAGUGACCACUCAAUGUUAUUCAAUUUGUUUUGGGGAGAAAAAAAAAAAAGGAUAAAUGAGAUAACAGAGAAAUGUAAAUAUAUGGAUAGAGCCCAAUUUAAGAUGUAAUUUCACCUGAACACUGCUCAUAAGAAGAAUUUAAGAUUAGAUUUUUGUAAUGGAGGAUGUUUGUAAAUAGUUGUCUUUUUAAAGUGUGUUUUGUAUGAAUCCUUGCAUUUUUGUCUCUGUUUGCAAUAUGUUUUUAUUUUCUUUUAGAGUUAAACUGAAUAUUGCAACAGACACAAGCUGUUUUUUUUGCAGCGUCCAGUAUUGUCAAAAAAGUCUUUGUUACCACACGUGUUAAAGAUAAAAAAAUAACUGGUGUUCAGAGUUUUAACAUCGCCAUUCAACAGAAUUCUAGUUGCUGUAGAGAAACUGUUCAGGACUGAAGCUUUGCCACGGAGUAGCUUUGAAAUGGAUAGGUCAUUUAAACUAUGGAUGAUAAGGCCCUUUCCCUGUUGGAGACAGCACUUAACUCUGCAUAUGAAGACUGUGUUAUUCCACUGCCUUUGAGUUCCCUACACCUUCCACUCCAUUAUUAGAUGUAACAAAACAUUUUGGUCCAGAAAAUGAAUCUUUUCUCAUUUUUAAUAAGUCUAUCGGGCUUGACGGAGAGAGACGUAAAGCGAGUGGGAGAGAGGAAGGAGAAAAGAGGCCACGUAUGAGAGUGUGACCGUUCUGCGCUCACCAUAAAUCAUCUGCUUUACUCCACUCAUUAUCUCCCAGGCGGUCCUUUGUUUUAAAGUUGCUCUCUCCCUCCUUUCCUAAUUUAGCACAAGGAUGUUGGUCGCUCAUGGUAUGAGCCUCUCACUGUAGGUUGAUUUCUGCUAUUGUUCAAAGCCACAGUAUUAUUUUUCAAUGUGCAUGUGUAAGCAGAACCUGUUGAAUUUAUUUCCCUUUCUUUGAAUCAUAACUGUCAAGUUUUGUUAUUUUAUUUUGUUGCCAUUCACUUCUUUCGCCACUUCUCAGCGUAACAUAUUGGCACCAGCUACAAUCGAAAUACUGUUCCACCAGUUUGGAAACUACCGCAUAUUGAUAAAUAAAAUUUUUCCCAUGGAA